UGGAUGAUGUAUAUACUCAGCGCAUGCAGAGCGACCAAGGAAUGGCACCCAUUGUCCUCGUCCUGGUCCUCGUCCUCAUCCUCGCCCUCGUUCCCGCCCUCGUCACUGGCUACUACAAAGGCUACCGCUCGAGCGGCAAUGCACAGGUUAUAUACCAUUUCCCGAUCCCAUGCAGAGAAAUCAACAUAUGUCCACGAAGUAAGUGCCCUAGACCUUCAGCAGCUCAUAAAGUUUCGGCAGUUCAGGUAGCAACGAAAUAGUCGAUAUAGAACCAUUCAAAUCGCUUAUAUAACAAACCUCGACGC